AGUCCAUUCCAGGGCUUAGGAGAAAGUCAGCGCGCUUCCCAACCCGAGUCAGUCACAGUUACCACCAGAAACCGAGGAGGACCUAUGACAUCCCUGGAGAGUGACUUGCUGCUUACUUUCCAUAAGCCCUGCCGGCAGUGAAGGGCUGUCUGUCCAGUUCCGGUGUGCCGUGGACGCCUGCUGUCCACCUCUUAUGCACUCCAGCACCCCCAUCAGCUCCCUCUUCUCCUUCACCAGCCCGGCAGUGAAGAGACUGCUAGGCUGGAAGCAAGGAGAUGAAGAGGAAAAGUGGGCGGAGAAGGCAGUAGACUCUCUAGUGAAGAAGCUCAAGAAGAAGAAAGGAGCCAUGGAUGAGCUGGAGAGGGCCCUCAGUUGUCCAGGGCAGCCCAGCAAAUGCGUUACAAUUCCCCGGUCCUUGGACGGGCGGCUGCAGGUGUCCCACCGCAAGGGCUUGCCUCACGUUAUUUAUUGCCGAGUGUGGCGUUGGCCUGACCUCCAAUCUCACCAUGAGUUGAAGCCCCUGGAGUGCUGUGAGUUCCCAUUUGGCUCCAAGCAGAAAGAGGUGUGCAUUAACCCCUACCACUACCGCCGGGUAGAGACGCCAGUGCUGCCGCCUGUCCUGGUGCCAAGACACAGCGAAUAUAACCCCCAGCUCAGCCUUCUGGCCAAGUUCCGCAGUGCUUCCCUCCACAGUGAGCCUCUUAUGCCGCACAACGCCACCUACCCCGACUCAUUCCAGCAGCCUCCGUGCUCUGCAUUCCCUCCCUCACCGGGGCAAGUGUUCUCGCAGUCCCCGUGCUCGGCCAGCUACCCUCACUCCCCAGGAAGCCCUUCCGAGCCAGAGAGCCCGUAUCAGCACUCAGGUGUGCAUUUAUACUACGUCGGGGGAGAGGUCUAUGCCGAGUGUGUGAGUGACAGCAGCAUCUUUGUUCAGAGCCGGAACUGCAACUAUCAGCAUGGCUUCCACCCAGCCACUGUCUGCAAGAUCCCCAGUGGCUGCAGCCUCAAGGUCUUCAACAACCAGCUGUUUGCUCAGCUGCUUGCUCAGUCAGUUCACCACGGUUUUGAAGUCGUCUAUGAGCUAACUAAGAUGUGCACUAUCCGGAUGAGUUUUGUUAAGGGUUGGGGAGCCGAGUAUCACCGCCAGGAUGUCACGAGCACCCCCUGCUGGAUUGAGAUUCAUCUUCACGGGCCACUGCAGUGGUUGGACAAAGUUCUGACUCAGAUGGGCUCUCCACACAACCCGAUUUCUUCAGUGUCUUAAUAGUCACGUCUCAAUCCCCAUUCUAUAGGAUAGAUGCUAUUGCAGGCAGUGGCUUGUGUCAUUUCAGAUUUGCAACUAGCUGAAGUGUCUAAGUACAUGUGUAAAUACAUAUAAUAUAUACUAUUCAUCUAUUUUAUCACCAUAUGUUUUGUGCUUUCCAGUUAACCUGAUGUUCAGUACAAUUCAAUUAGAAAAGCAGGUUUGUCGUGCCUGUGGUGUAAGAAGCAGUUGCUUCUUUUGAUGGAGGAAAUGCGAAAGCCAACUGUGUUAACAGUAUUUGAAGGGUGUCAGCAGAAUGAAUGAAAGGCAGCGUUAGUCAGCCAUGUCAUUAUAAGGCACAUUGGGUGGCGAACCAGAAAAAUAUUAAAACUGUUUAUAUAGCAAAAAUCAGGUACUAGUAGCACUGGAGCAAAUAACACUUUUAGAUAAAAUAAAGCAAUCAAACCCUUAUAAUUUAAAUGAUCUCACUUUUAGUGCUAUUGGCAAGAAAAAAAAAUCAAGCUUAUACAAUCAAUUUUGUAAGAUAAGCCACAUAAACUUUCUUUUCUUUCUGAAGUUGAAAUAACCAGCUGGACUAUUGUGCUGAUAUUAAUGGUACCUUUAAAACACAUUUAAACUGUGAUUGGUAAAGAAAGAAACUGUGAAGCUGAAGUCAUAUUGCCUCCUACCUACCAUUGUAAAAAAAGUCACGAGUCUAACGUGGCAAGAUAAAUAUGAAAAUAGCAUGAAAUGAGCUGUAUUCCCAAAUUGCAAGAUAAGACCAGAACUUAGUCCAGGAAUCACCCAGGGACUCCUCUGCUUCCCUCAUGGGAAACCAGGCCAGUUUUCCUGGUUCCUUCUGUGGGCAGUCCUGCAGACUGCUGAGUCCCCACAGUGAGCUCUGAGCCCACGUGUGUAGGUCCCGUGUGGGGAAAACGCAGGUAAAAUCAGAGGGUUAGACAAAAGCAUCAUACGCUUACUUAGGCCUUCUCACAUUCCCACAUGAAACGUCUCCAGGUAAGGGCCCUCCUUUUGCCACGUUUUCCUCACUUGUUGGCAAAUAGUAACGAUUUACAGGUGACUAAAACAAUGGUGAAGACUUUUGAGAAAACACACACUGUUGGGGUCAAAUUGAUGAGUUAUUUAACUUAGUGUCUAUAUUGAAUAAAUUAUCUACUGGUCAAAUCUCGUAGCCUUUUAUAAAGCUAAAGUCUCAUACCUGGAAAUAACUUCCCAAGUAAGGUGAUACUAAUUUCAUAAUCUCUGUAAUUUCUGGGGAACAGUGGUACUGAAUAAUAGAACAUUUAAAAAUACACAAUAUUAAAAACCUGUUCUUCUUUACCCUUGGAUGAUAAAGAGAGGACAAUCCCCUAAAUUUCUAGGUAAUUUCAUAUAUGUAUAUAUAUUUAUAAUUCCCACCCACUAAACACUGCAUUGCUUGAAAAAAUAUUUCACACCCUCUUAAAAGUGUAUAAUUUAAGAAGGUAAUUAUGCUUGUAACAGACAGAAGGUACUUCAGUAAUUCAAGAAGUUUCUUCAUUUACACAUUCUGUCUCAACUCUUUUAGCAUUAGUGCACACAGUAGUUGUUUCUCAUUAAAUUGUAUUAAGGUAGAAAUGAUCAUGUGAAAAAGAUAUAUGAGUGAGCUACUACUGUCACAUGUUGUAAUAACUAGUGUUAUCUAAUAGAAACAUUCAUAUGUACAACAGAAAAUAAUUAUUACAUUUUACAUGAAAACUAAAAACCCUGUAGUUUACUGGUUCAUCAACUAUGUAUUGUGCACGUAUAUGUGCCAGGUACAGUGAUAGGUACUGUGGAAUCCAUUGUAAACAAGAGACGGCCCCAGCCCUCUGGCACUGAGAGUCUUAGAGUAAAUCUGUUUGUGUACACAUCUUCAUGUUUCAGAACUUGUAAAACAAAACAAAAUGUUAUUUUUCCUUAGCUUGAAAAAUAUAUAAUUCACUUCUUAACUAUCUGUAUCUUGAAACUUAUUUUCCUUCUCUUUUGAGCAAUUGGGCAAUGGGUGAAGGCUUCCUUGGAUAAAUGCUACUUUUCAUCUGUGUUGUCUCAAAGUUGCUUUUCUUUCUCCCCUUGCUUCUAUUUGCCAAUAAUUCUCCAUCUCCUCUUUUCUUGGAAGAAGCAUUAAUAUGGCGAGUCUUCCUCGUACGAGUAUCAUUCCAUGAGAGAACAAGGACACAUAGUAUAGUUUCUGUUCCAGAGAUCAAACACAGAUUUCUUGAUCAAAAUUAUCCUCUGGUAAUCUGACACCUUUACAGAAUUAAUCAGAACUGGUUGUUUAUAAAUGACAUUUAAAAAAUUGGAUUUUCAUAGAGCUUUGCGAAACCAGGACAAAAUAUUCCUGUAGACCUGAAUUCUUUUUUUGAAAAAUAAAUGAUUAAAAUGGUACAUAUGCAUCAUCAUCAAUCAUGUCUCAUCAAAAGCCUUUAUUAUUAGGAUAUGUAUGAAAUUCAGAGAAUUUGAAAUUGAUGAAAAGGUAACCCUUCGGCCAUUGUAAUAUAGUCACAUUUUAAUCAGCCUUUUUUUUUUUCACUUUUGCUGGCAAGAGUUGUCAAAAGUUGUGCAGUAUUUGAUUUUAGACUUCUAAAUGUGCUCAUUCACAUUCAUUCCUUGAUGUAGACAAUCCAAAAAGAAAUGUAAUAGCAUUCUUUUGUAGGAUAACUAGCAAAAUGGACAUGCUGAGCCAUUAACUACAUCAGCAAUGCCAAACAUGUUCAAGGUUGCCAUGGACAAGGGUUGUGCAAUAGAGAAUAAUAAUGUUUUGGCCUCCUCACGAGGUCUAGGUCAUUUAUCCUGUUGUUCAAGCCUGUUUUUAAUUUUUCUUGAAAGUUUUAGUUAAAUGAUAUUUUAGUAUCAGCCAGUGCUUUGAAACUACAAAGAUGUCAUUGUUCAACACAUUUACUUUAUGGGUUUUUUUGGUUUGUUUUUUUAUACUCAGUACAAAUCAGGGAACGUUGGGUUACAAUCUAGCAUUUAGAAUCCUCUUUUCAUUGUCUCCCAAAGAACUGAAUACCCCAUCACAACAACACAAGCAUUUUAUAAAUAUCACUUGCCUGACUUUAAGCGCCUGCUUAACUUUAAUUUGUCCUGAAUAUUUAGUGUGUAUCUCCAUUAAAUAAAGCAAACUAUAACAUGCAUUCCAAAUUUUGUCUUUUCGUGUUAUGAUUUAACAGCUGAACUGUGUGAUGAGAUUAGGUGAUCUGGCAUAUGUUAAGCUCAAAUUAAUGUAAAACAAAGCAAAAAACAAAGAAACUACUUCUAUUUAAGAAAUGCUUUUGAUUAUAAUAUCUAGGCUUCAACUAUCCAUCAAGUGUACAUUUAUCUGAUUGUUUAUAAUAAAGAAUACUGUACCUAUA